ACAGUAGAGCGAGUGGUCUUCUUGCCGUAGUAGGAGAGAGAAGUAUUAUUAUUAUAUGUUCAGAGGAGGUGUGUGCUUUCCCUCGUUCCUUCGUACCACUGCUGAGAAGAAUCCUUUCUAACCCAAAUAAACCGAAUUCUCGGUCCGUCGGCCUGUGCAAGGUUUACAUUCACUUAGAGAGAGAGAGGAAGUCCUUCUACUACUACUCAGCCUCUGCCACUGCCUACACAAGUACGGGUGUCCCUCUCUGCCUCUCUUCUUGGAGAGUAAUUGGGUCGUCAAUUAUUCAGCCGUACUAACUAAUCUUAAGUGAGUAUUAGGAUAGUACAGAGAGCAGGACUUGACUGACUGACCCGUCUUCACUUCACUCAACACUUUGUUAACUUGCAUUGCAUGGUUGUUUCGUACUCUGUUUUAGGGGUCGUGGGGUGGGCGAGUGUUGUGUUGUGGUUGUGGUGGUGAGGGUGGUGAGGAUUUAUUAGGAAGGAAGGUUCGAGACGGGUGUCAUCAUCAAGAGAAGAAGAAGAACCAGGGGCCGUUUGACCUUUGCGCUAAUUUUGGAACGCCCUACUUUCUCCACCUGGAGUGAUUCAGUUAGUUUUAACCAACCAACCCGGAGUGAAAGCAGGACGUAGAUAAUCAUCAUGAUCAUCAUGGGGGAGUGAUAUUACUGAUCGGAGGAAUAUUCCGUGGGGGCAAGUUGGUCGGUUGGGGAUGAUGAUGAUUGGGUGGGAUUGGUGUGGAUAUUAAUUGCUGGUUUUGGCUGGUUGAUAAAUAGUGCUGGGCUUGAUAAUGGGAGAAGAAAAUAUUGAAAAUGAAAAUGAAAACGGGAGCAGGAGUGGUAGCAAAUUCUCGACGUGCAAGUCCAAUCUUGGUUUUGGUUACUUAAUCAGCACUGUGAGAGAAAGCUGUCAAUCAUCCUAACCAAGUGUGCCAUGGGGUAUUAGCUUCAAAAUUGUGUGUGUGGUUGGUGGAUGGAAACCACGUCUUCUUCUUGAGUUUGUGUGUAUUUUCACGGAAUAAGUAUAAAAUGGAGCUUACAUUCUCCUCCUCCUCCUUCAACUAAAAGGACGCGUUUCUAAAAUCAGGUUCGGAUGGCGAAACUAAUCGGUGGUGAAACCACACCCGGAGACAUUUUUCAUCCACCAUGUCCCUCCGGGUACUCCACGCAUUCAUCGGAGUACAAUCCUCGCCAUCAUCGUCCAAGAAUCAAGCUUAAAUCCAAACUGACUUUGUCCGACCAUUCAGAAGUGAAGUCUGCCCCCUCAUUUGUUGAAAAUAGUAGAAAAUUGCUCACACCACGUUUCAGUAAAAACCUCCUCCCCCGAAGGAGCAGAUUUCUCCCCCCGCCAUGUUUGAGAACAGUGAUGCUAGUGACCUUUAUUUUUGUGGUGCUCAAUUCCAACCUGACAGUUUCUGCUGCCACUGACGCUGACAUCGAAUAUAAUAACAAUCCUAACCCCCUCACCUCAUCCUCGUCCUUAUCGACCUCACCUUCGCUCAGUGAUAAGCCAACUUUAAUAACGAGUGACUUUUCGUCUUCUUCCACAAGGGUAAAAUCAUCCAGUGAAAAAAUUGCUAUUACUCAUCAACAAUCCUUUUACAAUUCUGCCAAUAAGAACGAUGCUUCAAAUUGGGGCGGUGAUAUUCGUGGUGGUGGUGGUGAUGAUAACUCAGAUAAGCAGAAGGGACCUCAUAUAAGUCAUAAUAAUAGGCAUGACAAAAAACAGAGCUCAUCCUCUUCUGAACAUUAUUCAUCCUCAUCUUUAUCAUCAUCAUCCGUUAAUAGUCAGAAAAAUGAGGUCGUCGUUAACUUAAAUUUUCACCGACCGCUUCAACACUUUUCCGAUUCUCCGGAAAAAUCAAGUGCUUCUACAACCCCUGAAGUUAUUGAGGAUCAUUACAACGAGUUGAUGCAAGCAGACGAGGCAUCAACCCAACAAGCCGACAAUAAUCCGAAAGGAUCCCUUUCCGAAAAGAAAAUCACAAAAUCUUCCAGAAAGAAGGCCGCCACACAAACCGUGAUCGUACCCAUUCUAGAAUUCAACGCGACGUCACCUCACCGGAUAAGCGGUGCUUAUCAGAGUAUCCUAAAUUACAACAAGACCCGAAAUGAAAUCAUUGGCGUUUAUCCGAACGGGACUGGUGGUUUGGGGGUCAUUAUCAAACCUCGCAGAUUAGAAUCGUUAUCGUACGGUUUGAAAAGUACUCCUUCCGCGUCCUCGACUUCUUCUAGAGCCUCCGCCGCCGCCUCUUCUUCUUCUUCUUCCAACUCGAUCCCGUUCGACGAAGAGGAUGAAGAAAACUCGGGUUCCAAUUCCAAUAUAAAAAAGAAAGCAAAUAAAGAUCUUGAAGAAGUUGAUGAAACAAAGUCGCAACAUGUUCAUAAAACAUCGCUUCAAAUAAGGAGAGAUUUGAGUCGUCUGGUGGCCUCCGUGGGGGCGGGGAUUGACGAUGAUUCCGCAGCAAUGAGCAAAUGUGAUCACGUUUACAUCUCUUCGCAAAAUGGUCCUAAGAAUGGAACUUUCGAGUCUCCCAUUCUACCCAUUGAAGAAGGAAACUUGAUCACAUACACUUGCAUGCUCAUGUUCGUGGCUCGGCCGAGUGAACGUGUCGAUAUUAAUUUUGAAGAAUUCAACGUUAGAGGAACGCCACCUGAAUGUAUUCACGAGUGGGUCGAUAUCUGGACGGAGGUUGAGGGGACGGAUCUCACAGACUUGAUAACUACCCCGUUUAGCGGAAGAUAUUGUGGCAAGAUUCCGCCCAGAAAGAGAAUUUCUCUCUAUGGAGGGAUCGCCAUUGGGUUUUAUUCGGAUAAGAACUCCACCGACGAGCCCAUCUUCCAGGGCACUUAUUCAUUUAUCAACGAAUCGAGAUACGUCGUGGGAACCCCGGUACCACGAACUCUUUGCUCCUACACCAUUUUAGCCUCGUCCAACAAAGGGAUUGGAGAACUAUUAUCGCCAACUUAUCCUGGAGUUUAUCCAAAAAAUCUGUCCUGUUCGUACAAAUUUAUUGGAAGUCCGGGGCAAAGAGUGAGAAUAGAAUUUCGGGAUUUUGACGUUUUCUAUGGUGGACAACAUUGUCCGUUCGACGACGUUAAAGUUUAUGACGGUGCCGACCCGACCUCUCCGCUUAUCGGGACGUAUUGUGGACAACAGAGAAAUCUUGUCAUAUAUUCUUCCGAGCACAUGAUGCUGGUCACUUUCACCACAUUGGAUAGAAAUACGGACUCGCAAAAUAGGGGGUUUAGUGCUGUGUACGAGUUCUCCAACUCGUUCGUCAAGCUUGAUUUUAUCGAAAAGAACAUGGGUGACCAUAUUCGUGGGACAGAAUGUGACCAGCGUAUCUUAAGCAAGGGACAAUCUUCUGGCGUUGUCUACUCACCGAACUACCCUUUUCCCUACCUUCCUAAAAUUGUAUGUCGCUAUUUUGUCUAUGGACUCCAGGACCAACAAAACUUGGAACGAGUUCGUCUUUCUUUUGAAAUUUUUGAUGUUCCAUCUCAGUCCAACAGUGCGGAGGAUGAGGUCAAUCAAUCAGAUGUCAAAAGAUGUGGCGACGGCUUUCUAAAAGUUUACUUAAAGGGUCAAGAAGUUAUUCAGGCUUAUGACAAAGCAGACUAUGAGUUUUGUGGCAAAGAGUUGCCUCACAGUGUAGUUUCUGAUGGACCUAGGAUGGUCUUGGUCUUCAGUUCUGGAGAAACGCAGGGUUCAGGGUUUAAAGGCAGAUUCAGCUUUGAAACAGAAUAUCGCGUACCUGGAACCGAAGAGCCUGGAGUACCCUGCCAUUUUACAUAUUAUAGCACAUCGCGUAUGAAAGGAGAAUUUAAUUCGCCACGUUUCCCUUCCAACUACCCUUCUAAAACUAAUUGUAUGUAUCUAUUUCACAUGGAGCAUCCUAAAGAACAAGUGCGCAUUGUUUUUGACGGCUUCAAACUCAGGGCAGAUAAGUUUGUAUUGACGGAUCGUGGAGCUUAUGGGAGUAAUUGCGAUGAAGACUGGGUAGAAAUUUGGAAUGUCAUUGCUCAUCAAGAAGACAGGUUAGUUGGUCGAUAUUGUGGAUCGACGGCUCCAGGGCCGAUCGAAUCACGAGAGCAGGCCGACGCACUCAAGAUCCUCUUGCAUACGGAUGACGAAGGCGUCUAUUCCGGAUUUAAGGCGAGAUACAGCUUUUUCACGCCGGGGAAUGUGUUUGGAGACGACUGCGGUGGAAAUAUUAGUAAUGCAAUAAGCGGUGAAAUCACUUCCCCACAAUGGCCUGCAAAAUACGAAGGACCCUCCACAACCAAGGGCGAUGGGCACAAAACGUGUAACUGGUACUUGGCAGUCCGACCUGGAAACCGAGUUAUGCUCCAUUUCCAACAAUUUUCCGUCGAAGGAGACCCAAACACUCGAGGUUGUGCCGCAGCUGCUGUCAGAAUUUGGGAGGAUGUUGAUGGAAUUCCGGUCGAACUUUGCGGACAAGAGUUGCUACAGGAAAAUAGUCAAUUUGUUUCAACAAGAAAUACAAUGCGUAUUACCUUCAUAAUGGCGGACAAAGCAAUAGGUGCUCCAGGCUUCCGUGCCGUUUGGACAGAAGUUCAAGAUGGAUCAAUCUCCAACUGCCACAACAGCUUUUUCCGCUGUGCUAAAUCCCAAUUUUGUAUUCCAAUGGACCUAAAAUGUGACGGGACGAGGAACUGCGGCAUCGCUAAUGUUACCUACGACCAUUCCGAUGAAGAAGACAGCACUUGUAGCGGCCUGACGGGUGGAAUCGAUAUUGGGGAUAUGAAUCUCUUAUUCACUAUCGGAGUGGGUGUGGCAAUCGGACUAUUUUUCAUCAUUGUUGUGUGUGCUUGGGGUCAGCGGAGAAAGCGGAGGAGGAGGAGAAGACUGCAACUACGACGCCCACCAAUUCAUGUUUGUGACAAUGCCGGCGCAAGAUUCGCCGCCAUGGAUAGUGUAUGACUAUAGGCCCCUCUUAUACACUUUUAAUAACAAUAUUAUCCAUACUAAAUAUUUAUUACCUACUUAUCUAACUUGACGUGUUGUGCUGCAAACUUUUUGAAAAUUUUGCUAGUGAACUGAAAAAAUUCGUGAAAUUAAAUGAAGAACUAUUACAAAAUUUUCUAAAUCUUGCAUAAAUAAGGUAGAAAAAUUGAGUAAGAAAUGAAAAAAAUGAGAUUUUUACUGCUACAAAUACAUAAAGAAGAAAAUCCCAUCUCUCAAAACACUCACUCACUAAAAAUUAAAAACUAUGUACUAACUACAUACACUCAACUAAUAACGAAAUAUGUAUGAUAAGUACUUAUCAUUUUGAACUUAUUACACAGAAAUGAAAUGACGAAUGCUAAUAACUAACAGGCGUACUUUUAAGGGAUACAUAAAUUCUAAACAAAAUAGCGGUAAACUAUUCGACUAAUAAUUCUCGACUUUUUUGUUCAAUUACUUAAGUCAAGUUAGGUUUUUAGAUUAAAAAAAUCUACUCUAAACUUGAUCAAGACGAAGAAAUUGUGAAAAGAAAGCUCAAAAGGUUUGUGACUUUUUGCGUAUAAAAUAGUCAUCCCAAUAAAUAUUGAAUUAUUAAUAAUUAAUAAAUAUGUGCACGAUAGAACCAAAAAAUAUUUCAAUUUUUGUAGUGCCAAAACAGAAACAAGCUCUCUUCUUGUACUUACUUUUCCGUUAUUCUAUUCAAAUUAUUACACGCCGACGAUAAGUUUGUAUUUACAGAGAGGAGAACCGUAAUUUAGGCAAUAAAAAAAUCAACCAAGGUGCAACAUACAAAAUCAAAAACAGAGUUGUAAAAUUUCGAAAAAACUGAUGAGAUUCACGACAGCUCUUUAUAUUUAUUAGUAUGCGAUCAUAAAUAAAACAACUCGACAAGAAAUUAUCAUUACUUUUACAAUAGAUAAGAAGGGGAGAUGAGUAUCAUAAAAAUGUUGAUUAUUAUCAAAUACGACGACGACGACUAAUAAUUUAUCCUUGAUCAGGUAAAAAAAUAUUCAUCAAUAAGUAAUAUUUACUACAUGUUAGACACGUUAUUAAAAUUCUCGUUUUGUAGUCAGUCACCCGAAAAGAGAAGAGAUUACAUUUGUGUAAUUGUACGACAAAAAUAAGUAAUAAUGUUGAUUAUUAUUGGCCAAAAUGUGUGGGGAGAAGACAGAAAAAGAAGCGAGUUUGUUGUUCUUGUUCUUGUGAGACGCUAUAAUAAUUAAGCACUUAUUAAUUAGUUAUUGAUACAUUUUUUUCUGUUAUAAAUACAUUGACAUUUGUAUUUAAGAAUAAAUUAAUUAGGAAGAAAAGAAGAGACGGUAACGUUUCUAGGCCAGUUUUAAUCGUUCAUACAUAAUGAUUAUUAUACGUAUACAUGCAAAAUGUGUUAGACAGUGUUUAUAUAAUACUUAUAUGUUUGAUUGAGCGUGUUAUUAUGGACUGGAGAAUUUUUAAUAAUCGCUAAAUAAUAAAAAUUACGUGAUGACAUAGAUAAAUACGGAA